AUGAAUUACAAUCAACCUCACAGCAGGCCGUCACCAAGAAAUGACCUGGGUUUAAUGCCUGCUAUAGCGGCUCCAGCACUCGAGAUUGUCAUUGAACAGCCGCAAUUCAGAAAGUUGUUACCACCACCGUCACUUGAAUUACCACAACAGUUCAUCUCUCUUAUAAGAGACCUCUCGCAAGAAAAAGGUCAACUUGAAAUGCGAAGGCUACACGGCUUGGAAAACCCAAGAAAGGCCAAGCAUAAAUUAGCGCGGCUGAAGAUGAUUGAACCUAACCAACACCCGUACCGUCGACUUGGUCUAGACCACUGGGAGAAGUUAAUUGUCAUCGCAGCCACUGUCGUUGAUGUUCAUCUUGGGAAUGAUGAACUUGCAGACAAGACUCUCGUUGAGCUGCAUCAAGGGCAACUAUGCCACGAUACGAUCUUUCGGGAUAGGAAGACAGUGCUUGAGGUCAUUAAGUUGACAGAUUGCCUAUACCUGCAAUGGAAAGAUGAUCUUGCUUUUGAAGUUCUCAUACUCAUGGAUACUCCCACCUCAAUCCUUCGCCUACAAAGCAUUCAGAAGUUCGAAAAGCUAAAGAGAGAGCUUCAGCAAUGCAAGCCUUUCACGGUGACCAAGGAUUGCUUGAAGUUCUACAUACCUUUUCUGGUUCGUUUAAUACGGCCUAACUACAGUCUUUCCGACAUUCAGAUGGCAUUGGGAACAUCUAUCUUUGAUGAACGCGAUUGGGAAAACUUUGUUAGGGUAUCUUGUGGACCUGAUCCGACGUAUGACCCGGCACGAGAUAUGUGGGUUGUACAAGAGCCACUUCCAUCUUAUCAUCAGCAGGGACAGGAGUCUACAAGCCUUAAAAUGCCGAUCCCUGUGGAUCAGAUCAAAGGUUCUGUGGGGGGUAUAGUGCGUAUCAGGAAAUCAAAUAACAUGUCUAGGGUUUAA